AUGUUCGCUCAGCAGUUCCAUUGUCUUCACGGCCAGGCAAAGUUCCGUUGCGAGGCUUGCUGCAUCUGCUUCAAGCUACGAAAGAACUUCAUGAGCCACGUCCAAAUGGUACACGGUGUUGACAUUCCGGAGGAGGUUUUAGCGAGGAUGAGGCCCCGCUCGGAGAUACAUGCGUUAGCUAAUGAACAUUCCAGUGUAGAGCAGGCAAAGGAGGAGGAGAGCAAAGAAGAGAGGUUUAAAUCAAAGGACAAAAAAAGUGAUGAACCUGAAAUUAUAUGCAUCUCUGACGAUUCCCCGGUAAAAAAGAGUAAGGUCCUUCAGUCUAAAGCAGUAACGGAUGUGAAGCAGACCGAGAGUGGCGGAAACAGCAGUGCGGAUGAAAGUGAGAAAAAGGAUGAAGGCCGUGUCUACCUGACAACAGUUCGCAUGGGAAAUACCUAUGUGACUCUUCCAUCAGGAGAAAAGUGGAUGAUCGAAUGCCUGAGAUGCCAUCAGGCCUUCUUCAAGAUGGAGGACGCAUCUGUUCACAUGAAGCAACGUCCUGGUUCCCAUUUCAGCUGUCCCCACUGUCAUUACAGUUCGACGCUGUUCAGCCAGUGCGACUACGAGAUCCAUAGGCUGCGCACGCACAGCUUUCCCUGUGCCCAGUGCAGACAGUCCUUCAUUCUGGAGUGUCAGCGUGACAUGCAUGAGCAAAAGAUCCACAACUACUUUCGGCAGCUGAUGCGAAAGAAGACGCCUGUAGGCGCCUCUGGCAAGACAACCCUACCUGGUGCACAAGUCAAGUCAGCAGCGGGAACACAAACAGCAAUCGCACUCUUGUUGUCGCGCACCAAGGCGGUUCUUCUGCAAGUAAAGUUGUAA